AUGUUGAAACGCACUAGGCAAUACGAGUCCCUCUCCGACAAGAUCCACAGGUACCGAGGCGUAAUCUUGGUGAUUUCAGUUCCUCUCCUCCUCAUCUCGUUUGUGCUCUUUCUCAUGCCAAUCCGCUCGCCCUCUGACUCCAUGAACUCCCGUAACCGCAAGUUUUCCCCCGACUACCUCGGAACCUCAUCUUCAUCUCGGAGCUACGCGGUCAUCUUUGAUGCCGGCAGUUCUGGCAGCAGGGUCCACGUUUUCUGCUUUGAUGAGCACUUGGAUCUUAUUCCGAUUGGCAAAGAUCUUGAGCUUUUUUUGCAGUUAAAACCCGGUCUGAGUGCAUAUGCAAAAGACCCGAAGGCUGCUGCGAGUUCUUUACUAUCCCUUCUGCAGAAAGCGGAAAGUACUGUUCCACGAGAGUUGCGUCACACCACUCCGGUCAGAGUUGGGGCAACUGCCGGUCUUCGGCAAUUGGAAGGUGAUGCGUCGGACAGAAUUUUGCAAGCGGUGAGGGAUUUUCUAAAGAAUAAAAGCACUCUCAAAUCCAAGGCUGAUUGGGUGACUGUUCUGGAUGGAACUCAGGAAGGUGCUUAUCAAUGG